UCAUAUUGACCCAAUUUCUCACAGCUCAUUCCUUUUGUGAGCAGGCAAAACACGCGGCUGCUCUAUUUUAAGGUUCUUUUUAAAGAUAAUCGUUCGCAGUAAGGAACGUGCGACGCCUAGAUUAAGUCUGCUGUACGACCAUUAUACACACGGUGCAAGAAUUAACGCAGAAUGAGCUGAAGUUGAUGUUAAAGCCGGAAGAGAGGGAAUGCCACGAUCUAUAUAGUACUUAAUCAUGGAUUUUCAUAACUCAUGAUGGGUAAUACAUGAACAAAGGCCUGCGACCGUGGGUUCAUUUUGGGUUGCAUAUUUACGUGAAAUAUACGUCGGAUUUGGGUGUUUUAUGCCUUACUAUCACGCAGGACCCUUGCAUUAGGACUAUACAUACUCGUAUAUAUAAUAUAGCUUCAGCCACAAGAUGACCUCGACGUACGGGUAUUCACGCUUAUACAAGAUCCUGGCGGCCACUCUGGUUUCCUUGGAAGUCAGCAUCUACAGCGUUAGCGUCAUUGGCUGGCAGUCUUUGGUGUACGUGUUCAGGGACGCUCAUUUCUACUCUCAUCUCUGCACGAACGCGUCCGCGGAUUUCAACAGGUCGACCCAAGAGGAUUUUGAAACACGUGUCUCCCAUGAGUGUCGCGAGCAAGAGGAGAUGUUGAAUCUCGUCUUCACAGUGACGGUGCUACUUCAGGUUGCCAUGCCGCUGCUUGGGUACAUCUAUGAUCAUUUCGGAUUUGUGUGUGCCCGGGGUAUUAGUAUAACAUUAACCGUGGGCGGGGCACUACUGAUGGCCAUGGCAGAACCAGGAGCAGAAUGGUUGCUGUUUCCCGGGGCGUCCUUCCACUAUCUAGGGGGGUCCAUGUUACUCUCCACUGACAUCACCAUGCCCCUGCUAUUCCCCACCAGAAAGACGACGCUGCGCUCCUAUCUCAACGGAGCAGCCAGUAUGAGCGCUUUUAGCUUGUUACUGGUGAAGCUUGCCUAUGACAGUGGGAUUCACUACCGUUCUUCCUUGAUCUGCUUUGCUGCAGUCACGUUCCUCAUCGCUGUUCCAACAACCUUCUUUCUCCCCCCGAGACAUUACGACCACAAGAAUGGCAUCCAAUCACAAAGUGACUCCAGAUUACACACGUGCACGUUUGCCGUGUGCAAAUGUUUCUAUGAGCGGUCGGAACCGCAUGUAAAAGAAGACGAUCACGCUCAUACAGAGGACACCACAGCCAAUCUCAUUAACGCCCCGUCACAAAACUCCGAUGAAAAAGUCCAACAGGAUAGAAAUAUAAAAGGUGGUGACGUAAAAGAAGGUGGUGACGUCACUGUCACGUCACACGUGACCGGAAACACGACAUCUUUCCUGUCAAUCUUAAAAGAACCCUUGUUUUGGUGGUCAGAGCUGUGGUUUGCUGGCAAUAUUUUAUUGGUGACACUUUACUUUGGCAGUUUCAAUGCCAUUAUAGACUUCCGGUCCAACAAGAAUAUCCAGCAAGUGAGUCUGUAUACGGACGUGGUGGGGUACGUACAGCUGGUGGUCAGUAUGCCUGCCUCAGCAGCCUUGGGGUAUUUAGUAGACAGACAGCAGAGGGCAGAUGCCACACAUGCCGACCCAAAGACGUAUAUCCCCUCCUUUCUCAUCGGCAGUGUGUCAGGGCUGAUAGUUUGGAUACUGUGUGCCGUACCAAACCUCGAGGUACAGUUUGUGGCCAUGGUGUCCCACUGUGUGCUUAGAUCGGGGGUGUUCGGAAUCCAAACGGCAUUCGUCGCAUACGCAUUUCCAAUCGCACAUUUUGGCAAGAUCUACACAGUCCAGAGGGCGCUGAUGGCGGUCUUUGGUGGGCUUCAAUACCCACUUUUUCAUUGGUAUAAACACAAACUUCACAGCGAUCCUCUCUACUUUAGUUUGCUGUUGGUUGGAGUAUCCUGUCUUACGUUCGGACUGCCAGUCUAUGUGGCAAAGGUUAAGGUCAAAACCGAGAAAGAGGCUUGCGAAGAUGACGCCAUUCAAAUGAAACUCACAGAGGAGACUAGUGACGCGCAUGCUUGAAAUUUAAAACAUUCCGCCACGUGCAAUGUUAAUCUCCAGAACGCUUUUAUUUAAUCGCGUUACUUUUCUCCGUUCUCUCGCCAUUUUUUGGUAUUUUCAACGGGAACGAAAGAGGUAGCAGAUACUUUUGCGAGAGAGUUUAGUUACUUCUCAUAUUUAUCGCCAAGCGGCGCUUUUAAAUUAUCAUACGGGUAUUUGAACGGGCUAUCAUUAGAUCCUGCAUCAGCAAUUUCCAAAACGGUUUAUUCCAUUUCGUGAAGAUAUGGAAUACUCCGGACCUCACCCCACCCGACCUUGUUAUGGUGUUGUAUGCAAAUGAUUGACAAUAUCUAACUCGUUAGGAACUGGAACUUAAAACAAGUUUCUUUGGCACUCGGUUACCAAGAUAUGGGCAUUAAGGUGACCCGCCCAACUCGUUCAGUGGCGACCAUUUCGGAUUUUAGAAGAAAGCGAUAUUUGCCAAGGGAAUUUUUUUUUUUGGGGGGAGGGGGGGUCUAUAUUGGGCCUUCCAUGGACCAGAAUCACUUCAAAAACAGUUUUUCCAACCCUAUGUGACAAUCCCAGUACAAUGUCAAACUAUUAACACAAGGACAGCAUCCACCGGGAAAUCACGUAUGGAACAGCCCCAAGGGUAAUGGAGUAUAAACCGAUAAGGACGCAGAGGAGUAUAUG